CUUGACAAAGUCACUAUCUGGAACUUCUUCAGCAAGUCUAAACUUUGGUAGAAGCGAUAACAAUACGGAAGAAAAAUUAUUUUAAACAUAAAACUUCACUACUUUAGCUCAGAAGCACUCAAAUUUUCAGUUGUAUUUAAUUCUGUUUCUAUUUGAAGAAAUUUAUAAAAAACAGUGCCUUUUUAAAUGGAUAAUACUGAAAAAAAAAGAACAAGAAAUCCACUUGAAAAUGCAAAUAUCCUCAGCCAGCUUCAUUUCUGGUGGCUAAGAAAGCUCAUGUGGAAAGGAAUAAAAAAAGACUUACAGAUGUCAGACAUGUACGAACCAUUGGAAUGUAACAAAUCUCAAAUCGUAGGCAAUAACCUGGAAAGGGAAUGGAAAAAAGAAUUGCAGAAACUUAAAUCUCUGGAAUAUGAAUUAGAAGAACAUGAAGGCAAAGAAGUUAAAAAGAAAGAAAAGGUACCGAGUUUAAGAGCUGCCAUGAUUCGUACCUUUGGACGGAGUAUAUUUUUUCUUGGCUCUAUCCAAUUUUUUUUUGCUAUUGUCUUACAAACUAUGCUUCCGGUAGUUCAAAAAUGGGUCAUAGGCUAUUUUAAGGAUAGUAGUUCCAAAGAAACAGAAUCGAAGGAAGAAGUUCUACUUUAUGCUGCAGCUUUAGUCAUCGUGUUACACCUUAAUGCUGUUUUUAUGCACCAUACUAAUAAUUAUGCUCAAGAAAUCGGAAUGAGAAUUAGAGUAGCAUCCUCAGCUUUAAUUUACAGAAAGCUAUUAAGACUAAGCAAAUCUGCCUUAGAUAAAACAGCGGCUGGGCAGAUAGUAAACUUGCUUAGUAAUGAUGUCAGCCGUUUCGACAUUACACUGAUGUACCUUCAUUAUAUUUGGAUAAUGCCAAUGCAGGUGAUUCUAAUUGGAUGGAUUAUGUGGCAAUACGUGGGAUACUCAACACUUUCAACAAUUACUGCUUUAAUAAUACUUUCUACCCCAGUUCAAGUUUGUCUUUCAUAUGUUAGUAACAAUUUAAGGGCUAAAAUAGCACCGUUAACUGAUAAAAGAGUGCAACGUAUGAACGAACUAGUUCAAGGAAUUCAAGUAGUAAAAAUGUACGCUUGGGAAAAAUCCUUUGAUAAGAUGGUCUCAAAACUACGUUCUCAUGAAGUCUUAAACCUCAAAUACAUGUCAAUAGUGCGUGCUAUCUUCUUAAGCGGUAUUGUUUUUACGGAAAGAGCAAUAUUAUUUGUGACCCUGGUGUCAUUUGUACUUCUGGGAAACAAUCUGAAUGCAGAAAUCAGUUUUACGAUUGCAGUUUACAGUAACAUCUUGCAAAGGGCUAUGUCUAUCUUUGUCCCGAAUGCUCUUAACUAUUUAGCGGAGAUGUUAGUAUCAAUAAAGAGAUUGGAGAAAUUCCUUUUACUUGAAGAAAUAUAUCCUAUCAUGAGUCACAAACAAGAACGUUCGCAGCAAAUGAGAAAAAAGUAUUUUUUGCAAGAGCACAUAACUGAUAAAGAAGAGGCCACGCAUGAACAAAAUUUACUUCAAAGCUCAGAGUUUAGACCAGUUCAAGUAGAAGUCUCAAGGGCUUGUGCAAACUGGCUUUUGGGUCAAUUACCACCUACUCUCUGCAAUGCUUCACUAAGAGUAGAACCCGGUCAAUUGUGUGAAAUCGUAGGUCCUGUGGGAUCUGGAAAAUCUGCAAUACUGCACCUUAUUUUAAAGGAAUUACCACUAGCAGCUGGAACUGUUUCGAUACGUAAAAAAUAUAAAAAGGAUUUGAAAGAAAGAGAAACUGCACGAGGCUAUAUUCUUGAUAAUCCUAAUUUCCGAAUUUCGUAUGCAAGUCAGGUUCCUUGGAUUUUUACGGGAACUAUAAAAGAAAAUAUAUUAUUUGGUCAACCUUAUAAUCAAGUUAGAUACGACGAGGUAACGACAGUGUGUGCCUUAAAAACGGAUUUCAAGCAAUUACCACAUGGAGACUUAACACAUGUAGGAGAUAGAGGUAUGACUCUUUCAGGUGGCCAAAAAGCUCGAGUUAAUUUAGCUAGAGCAGUUUACAGAAAAGCAGAUCUGUAUCUUUUUGACGAUCCACUCAGUGCCGUAGAUAUUCACGUUGGACAGCAUUUAUUUCAGAAUUGUAUCUUAGGUUACUUAAAAGGCAAUACCAGAAUUCUAACAACUCAUCAAAUUCACUUUCUGCCGCAUGCGGAUACUGUCGCUAUUAUAGAACGCGGAACCAUCAGUUAUCAAGGAUCUUUCAGCGAGAUACGUUCAUUGGAUUCAGAAUUCAUGAAAAUGUUAGAGGAAAACACAGAGGCAAAAGAAGUGUCAUUCAUAGAACAACACUCAGGAAAUAAGCAAGGUUUAGUCCCGAAAGUUGACAAAGAAAAUGCAAAAACAUCAAACUUCCAAAGACGUGGUAUAAGACGAUCUUACCGUCAGACUUCAAAUGCUACUCCAGAAGCCACCUCAGAUUCUCAUGAUGACUCUAAGAACAGCGAUGAAGUUUCGACAGGAGAUACAGAAGAAGAUGAAGAAAUGCAGAAGGGUUCAAUGAAUAUGGAUAUCCUGUUUCGGUAUUUACGACAAGCUGGAAACUGUUGUACUCUUUUUACACUCGUCUUCCUUCUGAUAUUUGCUCAGGUUGUCACGAGCGGUUUUGACUACUGGGCAAGUUAUUGGAACAAUUUGGAAGCGGAACGAAAUGAUAUUUCAAAUAACAUAACACAAUCAACAUCAAGCGACAAAUUAUUUUAUUUUUUGGAAUAUGAUGAAUAUGGACUACUGACAACAUCGAACAGCAUUUAUAUUUAUGGAGUUCUUUUAGCAUUAUGUAUGGUAGCGAAUUUUCUGCGUGCUGCAACAUUCAUAAUUAUUUGUACUCUCGCUGGAAAAUAUUUACAUAAUUCUAUGUUUUCGAAUCUUCUACAUGCGAACAUGAAGUUCUUCGAUGCAAAUCCGUCUGGACGAAUUUUAAAUAGAUUUUCUAAAGAUAUUGGUACAAUGGAUGAACUAUUACCAGCGGCCCUCGUAGAAGCAGCGCAAGUGUUUUUUAUUAUGUUAGGAAUAUUUGUUAUGGUUACGAUUGUAAAUUAUUGGAUGAUAAUUCCUAUUCUUGCAAUGAUCAUAUUAUACAACCAAAUCCGAAUUUACUAUCUAAAAACAGCUCAAGCACUAAAAAGGCUGGAAGGUGUCAGCAAAAGUCCAGUAUUUUCAUAUAUUACUUCGAGUCUGAAUGGUUUGACAACUAUAAGAAGUUGUGGUGUCGAAAUGGAAGGGAAGCUCAAACAGGAAUUCGAUUAUCUUCAAGACACUCAUACUAGUACUUGGAUACUUACAGUAGCUUCAUCCAGUUGUCUUGGUUAUUACCUUGACAUCAUUGUUUGUAUCUUUAUUGCAUUCGUUACGUUUACCCUGAUUCUUACAAAUGAUGUUACUGGCGCCGAUGUUGGGUUGGCUAUUUCACAAUCUUUAAUUUUGUCUGGCAUGUUACCAUAUGGAGUAAGACGAACUGCAGAUACGAUUGGAUAUAUGACUUCUGUAGAAAGAAUACUAGAAUACACUGAUCUUCCGCAAGAACAUCCAUUAGAAUCUUCUAAUUCGUUAAAACCUGCAUGGCCAUCAAAAGGACGAAUCAUUCUCAAGAAUAUAAACUUAAGAUAUAAACUGAACGGGCCUCUUGUCUUGAAAAACCUAAACUUGGUGAUAGAAUCAGGAUGGAAAGUUGGUAUAGUCGGUAGGACCGGCGCAGGCAAAUCAUCUCUGAUAUCAGUUCUUUUUCGUCUGUAUAACGAAGGAUUGGAAGGGGAAGUGAUUAUAGAUGGAAUAGAUACAAAUUCGAUUGGUUUACAAGAUUUACGUUCACGUAUAUCAAUAAUACCACAAGAGCCUGUCCUCUUCUCUGAAAGUUUACGACGUAAUUUGGACCCGUUUGGCAUAUAUUCAGAUUCACUUCUCUUGGAUGCUUUAAGGGAAGUAGAAUUAGGGGAUCUUUCUUUGGAUUUACAAGUAUCUGAAGGUGGAGGUAAUUUCAGUGUUGGCGAAAGACAGUUGAUAUGUCUGGCAAGAGCUAUAUUGAGAAACAAUAAAGUACUUUUAUUAGACGAAGCCACAGCCAACAUAGAUUCAUAUACUGAUACCCUAAUUCAAAAGACGAUUCGAACCAAAUUUACAAAUUGUACUGUGUUAACAGUAGCUCAUCGGUUGAAUACUAUCAUAGACAGUGAUCGUGUAGUUGUGAUGGAAAGAGGUCAGAUGGUGGAAUUUGGUUGCCCUUACGAUUUAUUGAUAGAUAAUCCAAAUGGCUACUUUGCACAGAUGGUACAGCAAACCGGAGAAAAAGUAGCAGAAAAACUUUUGGAGCUGGCUGAGAUUGCUUGCCGUCGAAACAUGGCGCAAAGAAGUCUAGACCUUACACAUCGAGGUUCUAUAGAUAAUAAUGAUAGUAGUUUUGGAAACUUGUAUACGACAAAAAUGUAACUUUUUCAAACAGAUCUGAAAAUUUGCUAGUCAUCACACAAUUAUUUCAUAUGUCGUUAUAAAAAAUGUAUCACUGUAAGUC